CUGCGUCACAGCAACGUUUUAGCCAAUCAAAAAGUAGGUGUCCACGUGACCCGAUCCUUCGCCCGGCAUCCACGCCAUCUUUUCAAAAAACAUGUUCAAGGCACUAGCUGAGGCAGCGAAGAACAGCCCGUUCACCAGCCCUGUUCGGCAUGCACAGUGCCAAGGAAGCGGUGGUGAUGAGGAAUACAGCUGCGAGUUUGGCUCUUCCAAAUACUACGCCCUUUGUGGUUUGGGUGGCAUUCUCAGUUGUGGAAUCACACAUACAGCAGUAGUACCACUUGACUUGGUCAAGUGCCGUAUUCAGACCAACCCAGAAAAAUAUGGUGGCAUUGUCAAGGGUUUCAAAGUGACCAUAGCUGAAGAUGGGGCAGUUUCACUUGCCAGAGGUUGGGCUCCAACAGCAAUUGGUUAUUCCAUGCAAGGACUUUGCAAGUUUGGUUUCUAUGAAGUCUUUAAAGUUAUUUACGGAAACCUUUUGGGAGAGGAAAAUUCUUACUUGUGGAGGACAUCCCUAUACUUAGCUGCCAGCGCCUCUGCCGAGUUCUUUGCCGACAUAGCUCUCUGCCCCAUGGAAUCCGUGAAGGUCAGAAUUCAAACACAGCCUGGCUGGUCUACAACACUGAGAGAGGGAUUCCCAAGGAUUAUGAAGGAGGAGGGGUUGAAUGGNUUUUACAAAGGAUUAGUACCACUGUGGGCCCGUCAGAUUCCCUACACCAUGAUGAAAUUUGCCUGCUUUGAGAGGACGGUGGAAGCUCUGUAUAAAUAUGUCGUGCCCAAACCUCGUUCUGAGUGCACUAAACCAGAGCAGUUGGUGGUCACAUUUGCUGCUGGAUACAUAGCUGGUGUAUUCUGUGCCAUUGUGAGUCAUCCUGCAGACACCAUUGUAUCAAAACUUAACCAAGCUAAAGGAAGCAACUUUGUGGAUGUAGCCAAGAGCCUUGGGCUGUUAGGCAUGUGGAAGGGACUCUUCCCAAGGAUCAUCAUGAUUGGUACUCUCACUGCCCUGCAGUGGUUCAUCUACGACUCCGUGAAAGUCUACUUCAAGCUGCCACGCCCACCUCCUCCAGAGAUGCCAGAAAGCCUCAAAGCCAAACUUGCUGCGCAGGGGAAGCUGUGAUGAUCCAGAACUUUAGGACAUUAAUAUAUUGGGGAAGAUUAGUAAAAUGACAUUACUUGAUGGGAAGGGAUGCCGACUACUGUACACACUUCAUGGAAAUCUAUUUAUCUAUUAACUUAAUUCAUUCUUUCAUUCUUCCCUCAUUCUUCAAUCCCGUUUGUUUACCUGGGGACCACCCUUUAAGUAUGACUCUGCUUGUUCCUAGUGAUAGUUACCCGUGGACCAUGUUUACCCGAUUCUCAUUUCUCAAUUCCAAACAGAGGACCAGACCAUACCAUAUAGUACCAUAAUGCAAUUCACAUCGACCAUGAGCCAGUGUUUUCUGUUGUUUGGUGUCUGAAACUGAAAACAAAAGAAGAAAAUCUUCCGGACCGUGUAAAGUGUACAUUAAGCCUAGCACCAUGACAGCAUUUUGCGGCUGUUUGUAAUGUUCCAUACUGCGUUUCUUGAUAGACUAGCAAUAGCAUUUAAUCUGCGUUUUGACUUCCUAUGUGUCAUGGUUUAGACUUUUUUUUUUUUUUUUUUUGCACCUGGAUUUUGUUAUUGUUUCAUUCUGUAAUCUCACAUAGAACCAGUUCGAUGGUAGUUUCUAAUUCGCAAAAGGCUCAUGUUGUUUUUUCAUAAAGUCAUGAAAACGAAGAACAUGGAUGCAAGAAACCGUUUUGUUUGUGUAGAAAUGUUCAUAAUGUGUGAUGGUUUGCAAACAAUUCGAUGAAAUAUUAACUUAUGGUAUUGACCACUGAUGUAAUAAAUCAUAUCCUUGACCGUUUCAAA